UCUCUUCUUCUGUGCAGGCAGAUGAGGAGGUAGCAAAAAGAUCCAUAUUACUGCUGCUGAGCAUUCCCAGAAUUGACAACAUUUGGCUCUGUUUCUGACUUUCCAGUUCCUCUGGAUCCAAAUACAACUAUGCUCAGGCCUGUUUUCUGUGAAUUUAGAAGACAGAAAUGGAUACACAGCUGAACAUUGGACAGCAGAUUCCCUGUCCUUAAUGUUAUUUGGUCUUUGGAUAUUUUGUUAUACAACGUCCUCUAACAAAAGUCCUACUUAGCUGAUGAAAUGGAUUCUUCCAAACAAUAUCCAGUGAAAAAACGAGUAAAAAUUCAUCCCAACACUGUGACAGUGAAAUAUAGUUCUCAUUAUCCACAGCCUGGAGAAGAGGAGUAUGAGGAAUCUAAUGAAGAUAAUGAGAGUUUUAUAGAAGAUAAUCCAAAAAGAAGAUUAUUGAGUGAUGGACAACGAACAGGAAGGUCCUUCUUUGGAACAAUUGAUAUUCCAUUUCAGACAGGACAGAAGUUAGAAGUCAACAAGAAUGGACAAGGCCAAGAUUUUGUAGAUGGAAGCAUUUUUCAGUCCAGAAAAACUUGGGCUGUGCUUUUUGGAUCUGCUUUGGCCCAUGGUUGUGUAGCUCUGAUAACCAGACUUGCUGCUGAUCGUUCCAAAGUGCCAUCUCUUGAAUUGAUUUUUAUUCGUUCUGUUUUACAAGUGUUUUCUGUUUUAGUUGUGUGUUAUUACCGUGAAGAUCCUUUUGGACCAAAAGGCCAUAGAUUGCGACUAUUCUUCUAUGGAGUAUGUAAUGUUAUUUCCAUUACCUGUGCUUAUACUUCCUUUGCAAUUGUUCCCCCAAGCAAUGGGACUAUUAUGUGGAGAGCUACCACCACCGUUUUCAGUGCCAUUUUAGCAUUUUUACUAGUGGAUGAGCGCAUGGCUUAUAUUGAUAUAAUUACUGUAGUGAGUAGUAUCUUUGGUGUUUGUUUGGUCAUGAUCCCCAACAUUGUUGAUGAAGAAAAUUCUCUGUUAAAUAUCUGGAAGGAAGUCUUUGGGUAUACAAUGACAGUUAUGGCAGGCUUAACCACGGCUCUCUCCAUGAUAGUAUAUAGGUCACUUAAGGAUAAUGUCAGCAUGUGGACAGCAUUAUUUACUUUUGGUUGGACUGGAACAGUAUGGGGAGCCUCAACUAUGUUUUUCCUUCAAGAGCCAAUCAUUCCAUUGAAUGGAGAAAGCUGGAGCUAUCUCAUUGGCAUCUGUAUAUGUUCCACAGUGGCUUUUCUUGGUGUCUAUUAUGCUUUGAGCAAAUUCCAUCCAGCAUUGGUUAGCACAGUACAACAUUUGGAGAUUGUGAUAGCCAUGAUUCUUCAGCUCCUUGUACUCCACAUAUUCCCCAGUGUUUAUGAUAUGGUUGGAGGAGCUGUUAUCAUUAUUAGCAUACUUUUCCUUGCGUGUUAUAAACUAUCUUGGAAGAACUUUAAAAAACAGGAUUACCAGGAAAUACUAGAAUCUUCCAUUAAAUGAAUACAAAAUUAUUGUAUUUUAUGUAGUGCAGUGUGCUAUUAAUAUGACUGUGUGUAUGUAGUGUUAUUAACAUGUAUACAUGUUACUUACCACUCUUACCACAAUAUGCUUACCACUCUUUCUUGUUCAGAUAUAUGCCAUCAAAUCAGCCCUAAUACAGUUCAGUAGAGUUGUACAAAAGUGUCUUUUCCAGAUAUGUAAAAAAUGUGAAAAUUAUGAAAAUUAUAUUCUUAGAUAGUAUGCAAAAAGUGCCA